AAUGAUCCGACAAACACAAGAGGAAAGGGAGCACAAUAUAUACCGACAAGGCACAAGAGGAAACAGGAUGUUCACAGCGUUCCCAAAAACAAAGACAUAUUUCUCUCAUCUAGACAUCAGUCCCCGUUCAGAGCAUUUACGCUGCCACGGAAGAAAAUUGUCCAGGCUUUGGCCGAUGGCGCGAGGAACAUAAGCACACUUAGCACUACACUGUCGCCCCUCAGCAGGUUCCAUGCCUACCAAUUACGAAUACAUCCUACAGACUUUAAGCUUUUUAAUCAUUGCAUCCUUGUGACGCUGGCGUGCUAUAUGGGUGAUAACUUCACCCCAGUUGCACAUGCGGCGGUGGACAAGUUUCUCUCAGCUUUUUCUGCUGUUUUAGCUGAGAAAUUCCGAUGAAGACCCCUCCUAAGUAUACGGAAGCCCUGAACCGCAAGGUGGGGAAAAAUAUUGUCUUAGUUCCUUCCUGAGCCUAAGUCUUAAUUUUUUUUUUUUUUUCUCUCUUCCUAAAUUGUAUUUUUCUCUCUUCAAUUUUUUUUUUUUUUUUCUCUCUUCAAACAAAUGCAUGCGGUACCAACCUUGGCCACCAGGUGCCACUAUAAGUAAACAUGUAAUCUUAUGCUUUUAAUGCUUUCUCUGUUGCUAUAUAGCUGAAUAAUGCAUUUAUUAUUUAUUUAAGGGUUUGCAAACCUUAAGACAAAAUCAGGUUUCAUAUGUUUGAUAUGGCAUUCGUUGUCUUGUAACAAUUUGAGUUUUUUUUUGUUUGAAAUUGUUGGUCUUUCUAAACCAUCUAUGCCAUUUUCUCAGUGUUACAUGGUGGAAGCGAAGGAAUGUAUUGAGGAAAACAGGAAACAUGGGGAAAUUAUUAUUAUGUCUGUCCUUUUGAAGUGUUAGGGGUACAUCUGGUAAUGUUAAUAUUGUUGUAAGUAAUCUAAUUUCUAAACAAAAAGAUCAUUUAUAAAUUAAAUCCUCACGACUGAACAGGGAUGUCAUGUGCGACUUUCAUGGUGGAAUUUAAUUAUAAUAAUAUAUUUUAAUAUAACAAGUUGUCUAUGCUUUUGAAACACACUGUCUACUGCAGAAGUGAAGAGUUCCAGAUGAAGAAUGUCAAGUAAAUAUCCAAAUAUUGUUGGUCUGUCUAAACAUGAGCUAGAUGAUUAUACAGAUGUAAAAUGCUCAUCCCAAACAAAUUGGUGAGGGGUGAGGAAUCACCUAUAGUAUCGCUCCCCGGGUUCCGCCGGGGGGGAAGAAUAGUAGGCUACACACACCUGUUUUGUAUUAGCAGUAUGGGCGUGAAGCUAUAAAAGUACAAUGAUUUCUGUUGUUAGGGGGGGUUUUGGUACCUCUAAUUUUUUUGCCGGAGCUGCCGUGCCGGAACGUGGGCUGGCUGUUAUUGCGAAAAUGCUGUGAAUAAAUUGGGAGGGGUUAUUUGUGACUUUGGGGUAAUCUUGAAUUCAAGGUUUAGGUGGCCGCUGUUGAUGUGUUCUACGAAUGCUGUAUCCCACGUCCAGUAGUGGGUUAGGAAGCCAGCAGUACAUUUGUUUUUGUUUUACAUGCUUGUGGGUUUCUUUUCUCCGGGGAGGCCUCAUUGAAUGUUAUGUGUAAUGUUAUUUAUUCGUCCCCCGGCGUUUAUUAUCAUGAGCGUGCAUGUGAGUGGGGGUAUGAGGGCAGGUUGUUUAUCUCUCCAUAUGCAUUCUGUAAUGUAAUUGACGACGGCUAUGUAUUUAGCUUGAGUGGUAUUAAUGGCAUGUAUUGACUGAUCACUGAUGGUGUGUAUUUAUGAUGUGUGGUAUUUAAUUAUGUAUUCUGUGGAUAUUUAUGUGUUUUAGAGAUUUGCUGUGUAAGGAGUUUGUGGUCAUAUGAAUUAAUUUGGUGUAUUGUACAAUCAUUUUUAAAUUCCCCUAAUGAAUAUAUAGACUUGUUUGUUGAUGCUCUGAAUGUCCCAAAGUCAACCUGCUGUGGAUUGUUAGCAAUACCAAAUGUUUGCCAGGAUAAUUGUACUUGUAUUAAUGGGAUCAACCUACAGCUACCUACAGUAUAUUGAGUUGUGUACUUGAAUGUUUUCCUUGGUUAUUUGGUGCCCAAAUAAAUAUUAUUGUCCAGUGGAGGACCUGUUUGUGAGCCCCUGCACUCGGGGGGUUCCAUCUCCCGAGCCGCGGAACCAUUCAUCACAGCAUCUCUGGCCAGAAGUGAGCGUUAUCGCAUUUUAAACUUAUUUCACGUUAGCGUUCUGUUAUAAUUUACACAACUGAAAAAUAUUUUACUUAUGGUAGCCAUCCAGCUUUUACCUUACAGUACAAAAGAUUCCACUCAUCUUUAAUUACCUCAUGGAUAUUUUACAAAUUGCUCUUAUUCUUACAUUCGCAGUACAACCUCAAUUAGGCACUUGCAACUUCUCAAAUCUGUCACUGCAAUUUCAAAUCUUCGUGCCUUGACUUUUGCAACUAUUUUCACGAUAUAUCUGAUGCAUAACUAACUUGUACACUUGCAAACUCAGUGUUUGCAAGAGAGAAAGGUGGGGCAGGGGGAGGGUGCAAAGGAGUCAUUUUAUAGGUUGGUGCCUAGCCAAUGAAAUCGGACUUCUUUUGUACACGAUGUCACGACCAUAGACAUAUAAAUGGUCAGGACACCCGCGGCCUUAACAUUACCAGAUGUACCCCUAACACUUCAAAAGG